UUGUUUCUGUUGAAACAAUGGAUUGCUUCCAUUGUUUCCCUCAUCUGUAAUUCGCUUUGGAUAAAAGCAUCUGCUAAAUGACUAAAUGUAAAUGUUUCAGAAUUUAAGCAGGAAUUAUUACAUUUUUAUUUAUCAACCACUUUUUCUUUGGAGUAACGUGUACCUAUUUUAAUUGCAUAAUAAAAUGUUUUUUAUAAAUUACCUAGUGUCAAUUUACACUUACAUGAUGUAUAUACAAAUUUUCAGUUGUUUUAGUUCAGUUGCUAGUGUCUGCCGCUAGAUGUCGCCGUGACCUCGAGUAUCACUUUAAACCGCCGCUUCUCGCUCUCCACGAUGGACAGCUAAAGUGUCCAAUCUACACUCAGGCCAGCGCGAUUGUGGGCGGGCGUUACAGUUCAGCUCGAUUGCAGGGUGUUGCGUAAGCGACUGGUUUUAGGACAGCUGGUUUGCAUGUGAGAUGUGAUUAACAAAAGAGAAAACCACAGCGACAGGGAGGAAAUGCUACAUGCAAAAUAAUGGAGCAUUUGUGACUGACGAAAUGACACAUACGCAGCAUUUGGACAGACUCUUCACCAGAUGUUAUUGAGUAAAUGGAUUCAAGAGGGAUGAAGCUGCUAACCUGCAAACAUUUGCUUUUCGUUUACAUAUUUACUUCUUCAACAAAUGAUGCCAAUCAAUCAAAAAUCAACAAUCCCUCUGGAAAGAGGCACGAUGUGAAAAAUCAUGACAGUAUCAUCAUAAUGGGUACAGAUGGUUUUGUGGGACAAAUGCAAAAAGAUGACAAGAAAGUAUUGUUUGUUAGUUCAAUUCUGAAUGGAUCAUAUGAAACAAAUUACAGUUAUGAUCCUGGUGUGUCUUUAUUUCAAAUGGCCAGUGUGUACGAGCUGAGCGUAAGCAGAAAUAAUGCGCCUGCCAUUGUCUGUCUGAUUAAAGGAAGGUCAUGGGUUAAAGAGGUUUUUGACAGCACAGACAGUACAAAUUGUCUUGUAUGUAAGUGGCCCACCCCAAAUACUGCAUCCUUAGUACAACUGAACAAGCCUAAUAUAACCUGCCUGAAACCAACGGAGAAAUGUCAGAAGGCAGAAUACAAAACACAAAGCUGCACCACCAGUAAUAAUACAAACAUAAUUGGGAUUCAUGAGAAUGGUACUGCUACUUGUUAUAAGUGUGGAUCUCCUGUACAAAAUCUGACAGCUAUUAGGCUGAAUACUUCACAGACAUUUCAAGGAGAAGAGGUAGAUGCUGGGAAGGCAGCUAAGGUCAUGGAUAACCUCCAACAAUUGCUGCCUCUGAUGGGGAAUUUGACUGAAGUAUGUGUGUGUAUGGGUGAUGUUCAGGGUGUUGUGAAGAAAAUUGACACUGAAGAAGCUAUCACAACAGUUGCCUUUAUAUACUCGUCAGAAAACGGGGUCACUAUUUUAGAUGACGUGGAUGAAAUAAAAAAAUUCCCCGGUGCUUUCAUCAUUCCAAAAGAAGCUGCUCAGAAAGCAUUCAAUCAAACCCAAGGAAAAGCUCUUCUGGGCAUAUUCCGGUUUUCCAACAUGACAAAGGAUGAAAACAACAGUGAGGUUUUAAAUAAUGAUGUUUAUGCAAUUGAAAUGGGGACAGACAUUUCUAAUCUAACUGAGGGUAUCCAGUUACGCUUCCAGUAUAAAGAGGAUAAAGCACGUCCUGUCUGUGUCUCGUGGGAUGGAAAUGGAAGCAAACCAACUUGGAUCACUGAUGGGUGUAACACGACUUAUGAUAAGGAUAAGAUAACAUGUUCAUGUUAUCACUUGACUUUCUUCGCUGUGCUCAUGAGCCCUGUGGAUACACCCAUUUCUAACCAAGACCUCGUCGCUCUCUCCUACAUCACUUACAUCGGCUGCGGCCUGUCCAUGUUCUUCCUGGGCAUCGGUCUCUUCAUGCACUUUCUGUUAAGGAAAGCGAAAGCCAGUAAUUCGGUCCACGUGUUAAUAAAUCUCUUCGUGGCACUGUUCCUGCUGAAUCUGACCUUCCUGUCCAACGAGUACGUUGCACGCAUGAAUCAGAUUACCGCCUGUCGGGUCAUGGCCGGAUUCAUGCACUAUUGCAUGCUGGCCAGCUUCACCUGGUUUGCUGUGGAAGCCUUUCACCUCUGCCUCCAAAUGGCCAAACCCACGGUCACCAUCGACCAUUACAUCACCAAGAUCUCUGUUGUUGGAUGGGUUCCUCCGGCUCUUGUCGUGACUUUCAUGUAUUUUCUGGGCAAAUACGGUGAGAAGACCAUACAGACUGAAACAAGCAACAAUGGAACGAUGUGCUGGAUCAACGACCCUGUUGUGCAUUAUGGGGUGAACAUUGGAUAUUACUGUUUCGUCUUCAUCUUCACGUUAAGCACCUUCAUUGUGAUCCUGCGAUGGAUCUGCAUGCUGAGGCAGAAAAGAUGGAACAAGAUGGAGAAGAUAAAUGGCUCGAAGACCGGCACCUCUGACGUAGUCACCGUCAUGGGUCUCUGCUGUAUGCUGGGACUCACCUGGAGUUUCAGUUUCUUCAGUUUCGGAGCUCUGCGCGUGCCCUCGUACUACAUAUUCACCAUCCUGAACUCCUUCCAAGCAGUAAAUAUGGCUAUGAGAAAUGCGUCCCGGGUGGAGGUGGAAGCAGAGGGUGAGGAGGAGGAAAACUUUGGGCCACAGCCUGUCUCCCGUCUGGAGCAAUCUGGCAUCAGUAGCAGUGACAUCAAAAAGCUUGAAGACGCUGGCUUUCACACUGUUGAGGCCGUGGCGUACGCACCCAAGAAAGAACUGCUGAACAUCAAGGGAAUCAGUGAAGCCAAAGCCGACAAGAUCCUGACUGAGGCUGCUAAAAUGGUUCCCAUGGGAUUCACGACGGCGACUGAGUUCCAUCAACGCAGAGCUGAAAUAAUCCAGAUCUCCACUGGAUCCAAAGAACUGGAUAAUCUCCUGCAGGGAGGAAUCGAGACGGGAUCCAUCACUGAGAUGUUCGGAGAGUUCCGUACAGGAAAGACACAGCUGUGCCACACGUUGGCCGUCACCUGCCAGUUGCCCAUCGAUCAGGGCGGCGGGGAGGGAAAAGCCAUGUACAUCGACACGGAAGGAACGUUUCGUCCAGAGAGACUCCUGGCUGUGGCUGAGAGGUACGGGUUGGUGGGCAGCGAUGUGCUGGAUAAUGUAGCGUAUGCUAGAGCCUUCAACACAGACCAUCAAACACAGCUGCUGUACCAGGCCUCCGCCAUGAUGACCGAGUCCAGAUACGCUCUGCUGAUAGUAGACAGCGCCACAGCACUUUACAGAACAGAUUAUUCUGGGCGAGGAGAACUGUCAGCCCGUCAGGGGCAUCUGGGGCGAUUUCUACGCAUGCUGCUCCGUCUCGCUGAUGAGUUUGGUGUGGCUGUCGUCAUCAGUAACCAGGUGGUGGCGCAGGUGGACGGAGCGGCCAUGUUUUCUGCCGAUCCCAAGAAGCCGAUUGGUGGAAACAUUCUGGCACACGCAUCAACUACUCGAUUGUAUCUGCGGAAGGGUCGAGGUGAGACGCGGAUCUGUAAGAUUUAUGACUCUCCGUGUUUGCCCGAGGCUGAAGCCAUGUUCGCCAUCAAUGCAGAUGGAGUGGGUGAUGCCAAAGACUGAGAAAUAAUGCUGGUCAGAGAAACCUUUAUUACUGUGUGAAACCAGGAAAGUGUUUGUGACCUGACGGUUUCUCAGAUACACAUUGUUGGGCUGGAAAUGUUAAAAGGUUUUGAAAGAGAAUGAAAGGUGAAAUUUCGCCUGAAACUGGCACCGUACAGAAGAGCGGCUUCUAUAAUACAUCGCAAUAUUAACAGCAUUGUGUGAUGGUGUUUUCGUUUAUUUCUGUACAGUUUUACAGAGCUAAAUCACUUAUUAUUUGAGGUCCGCUGUGGAGAAAACUGUUUUUCUUAUUUACAUGUUUUUUGUUGUAUUUGUUUUGAACGGGUGAUUUUCUUGUACAUAAACUACACUGAAUUGAAGUAUUUUAACUGUUGAACUCUUUAUUACACAAACAUUU